AAGCCGUUUAAAAAAAGGCCUUUUCUCAGUCGACACAAACAGGCGCGCUAGCGUAGCAAGAUGUCAGGACAAGAGCAGCAGCUUUGCAAACUUUUUGUUGGUGGUUUGAACGUUCAUACCACCAACGAUGGACUCCGCGCUCAUUUUGAACAGUACGGGACAUUAACGGAUUGCGUGGUGGUCCAAAACGACCAACUUCAGCGGUCUCGUUGUUUCGGUUUUGUAACGUACUCCACUGCAGAGGAGGCUGAUGCUGCAAUGGCCGCUAGGCCACAUGUGGUAGACGACAAAGCCGUGGAAGUGAAGAGAGCCGUGGCCCGAGAAGAUGCGGGGAGACCCGAAAUUCUCGCCAAAGUUAAGAAGAUAUUUGUUGGGGGCCUGAAAGAGGAUAUUGAGGGGAGUGAUCUCGUCGAGUAUUUCUCGCAAUAUGGCCCAAUAGAGAAAUCCGAAGUCAUCACUGACAAAGACACCGGCAAGAAGCGGGGAUUUGGCUUCGUCCACUUUGAAGAUAACGACUCGGCCGACAAAGCCGUCGUGCUCAAGUUUCACAUGAUCAACGGCCAUAAGGUGGAGGUGAAAAAAGCUCUAACGAAACAAGAGAUUCAAGCGUCUGGUGGAGCCCGUGGCGGCAGGGGCAGAGGAGGAGGAAGAGGCAUGGGACGAAAUCAAAAUGGCUUCGGUGGUGGAAGAGGAGGUUACGGAGGCGGCUACGGCGGGGGAUACGGUGGCAAUGAUAGCGGCUACGGCGGAAGCUAUGGAAGCGGAGGCUACGGUGGUGGCUACGGAGGCGGAUAUGGAGGAGGCUACAAUGAUCAGAUGGGAGGCUAUGGUGGAAAUGGUUAUAGUGACUUUGGCAGCGGAUACGGUCAGCAGUCGUCCGGUUACGGGCCCAUGAAGGGUGGAAGCACGUAUGGUGGCAGAGGCGGAGGAGCCCCAUACUCUCGUGGCGGCGGGUCCGGUUACGGCAGAGGCGGCUACGGUGGCUAUUAAUGGUCACGUGGGUUGGAAGAAAGACUGAAAAACCUGUUCCCUACAUUGAUCACGUUGUGCAGAAUGGCCCAUUCACCCGACCAUGCACGCGAUGGCGGACACUGUGAAAAGCAUACCUUAAAGACCUCAAUUCUUAACAGGUAGGAAGAAGAUUUCUUCCCAGAAACCUGACUUGCUCGACCAGCUUUAGUUGUAGGACGUGUUCUGUUCAUUUAUGUUCCACGUUAAAGGCGCGAAACAAGUUGGCCUUCACGGUUUUAUUUCUUUUAAUUUCGUGCAAAUUUUCUUAAUCUGUUAGCAACCCAUUCGUUUUUAGAUUAAAACUGGAGAUUAAUUGUCAAUAUGUAUUUUCUUCUGCAUUCUAUUAAAAAUCGUUGCUUACCAGUGACUGGGGGGAGGGGAAUUAACGCAUGCGGUUUGUUUCAUCCAUCCUUUUCCAAAAUAGUGUAUCAUGUUUGGAGGUUUCGUUCAGUCGUGUGGUUUAUUUUGUAAAGUAACGCAAACACACUAUAAGACACUUAAAGAGUUAAGUUUAACGCUGUGUUGAGCAUCUUUAUAUCCAACAUAUUCUUGUGUAUUGUAUAAUAUGAGCACAUCAAUAUUGUUAAACAUUGGUAUGCAGUUGUAUGUUAUUUUUUUUUAAAUAAAAGAUUCACAGCUUAAUUAUCCUACCUUCAAAGG